AUGGGUGCCAGGCUGCUGACCACCGUCCUGGGCGCUGUGGUUCUGGGGCUCCAGAUGCAAGUGGGGCUGCUUCUACAGCUAGACCUGGACAGAGAGAAGAUAGCAGGCUUCUGGCGGGAAGUAGGUGUGGCCUCAGACUACAACCUGGCUCUCAACACCCCGAAGCGACUGGAAGGCUUGUUCCUGACCUCCAACGGCUCCAACCUGACCGUGAAGGUCGUGUACAACAACUCCGGAAACUGCGAGACCGAGAAAGUCGUGGGCUCAGAAAUGGACGUUUCAGGGAAAUUUGUUUUUCCUGGCCGCCGGGAGCUCCACGUUCUCGACACGGAUUAUGAACACUAUGCUAUUCUGAGGCUGUCCCUGCACUGGAGGGGCCGCGACUUCGGGGUGCUCAAGUACUUCAGCCGCAGCCUUGAGGACAUCAAUGAACCCGGUUUCUGGAAGUUCCGAGAGCUGACGGCAGACACUGGGCUGUACCUGGCGGCCCGUAAAGGGAACUGUGCCCAGCUCCUGAAGGAGCUGCCCUGGGCCCUGGGGGCUGAGCAUGUCCCUUUCUCCCUUCCCUUCUGCUGCCCCCUUGGUGCCUGGUGGGGCUCUGUGCUGGUGCCCGGAGCAGGGGCGGGCCGUGUGUUUCUCACACGCACAGACCCCCUCCCCCGCAGACUCAAGGUCCACAUCACUGGCCUGAGAACCCCCCCAGGCUUCCCAGUCCCAAGAGUGGUGGACACAAUGCCCCAUGAAUGCCCAAGGGACAUGGAGGGCAGGCUUCUGGCUGUGCUGUUGGGGCUCUGUGGGGUGCUGGUGGCCCACGCCCAGAGCACUGAACACAAGGAUCUAAAUGGCACUGAUUUUGACCUUGUGAAGGUGCUUCUCCAUCGGCAGAGGUUCUCAGGCCUCUGGUAUGAGUCCGCCAUGGCAACCAAGCUGAAGGUCGAUGACCCCACGGGCAACACGGUGAAGCGGGUGGGGGCUGUGCUGGUCCAACCCCAAGGAAAGACCCUGGUGCUGACCACUGUUUUUGACCAUCAGAGGAACUGUGUCAAGGAGCAUGACCAGGCAUUGCAGGGGACCGACCCGGGGACCUACAUCGUGUCCAGAGAGUCAGGGAAGAAGAGUGUCCGUGUGCUGUUCACGGACUACAAGACCUGCGCCAUCAUGAACAUGACGAUGCACAAGGGAGAGGCUACCCAGAGUGUCUUGAAACUCUACAGUAAGCCCAGGGCCCGUGUCCUGGAGUCCCCUUAG